AUGGCAAAAACCCCGAUCAUUCACUUACAUAAAGGAGACUUUCCCAGCAGUUUAGCUUUUACAGGUUCUGUUGCUAUUGAUACAGAGGCUACAGGACUUGAACAUCGCCAUAAUCGCUUGUGCCUUGUGCAACUUUCUUCAGGAGACGGUGUUUGCCACCUAAUUCAAAUUCAAAAAGGUGUUGAUUCUCCAAAUCUUGUGCGCCUUUUAGAAGAUCAGAACAUCGAAAAAAUUUUUCAUUUUGCUCGCUUUGAUGUUGCUAUUUUGUACAAACACUUUGGAGUCCGUUGUACUCCUCUUUAUUGUACCAAAAUUGCUUCUAAGCUUUCCCGAACUUAUACAGACAGGCAUUCCUUGAAAGAGCUGUGCAAACACCUUUUAAAGGUGGAACUUUCCAAACAAGAACAAACUUCUGACUGGGGUGCUGAGACCUUAACAGACGCUCAGCAGCUUUAUGCCGCAACAGAUGUCUUGCAACUCCAUGCUUUAAAAGAAAAAUUAGAAGCCCUUGUAAGGCGCGAAGGCCGAACACAUAUUGCUAAAGCCGCUUUUGAUUUCCUUCCGACCAAAGCAGAACUCGAUCUCCUCGGUUUUGAAGACCCAGAUCUAUUCCGCCAUUGA